AAGGUUCUCAUUUCUUAAUCUUACAUACAUAUUUAAAUAACCCCAACAUGGACUAUUUUCCUACCAUUGUGUAGCUAACUAUACUGCCUCUUACGGACCCAAUAAGACAUGCCGCGCAAGUUCAGGACGCCCGCCUCAGUCGCUCAAAACCGCGACAAUCAACGACGAUGUCGCGCCCGACAGCGUGAAUCAGUAGAGGAAAUGCGCAAGCAACUACAGGAGUACGAAUUACGUGGAGCUCAGGCCUCCAUAGAAAUGCAACGCGUUGCUCGCGAAGUCGCGAGGGAAAAUAAGCGGUUGCGCCUUUUACUUGAGAACCACGGUGUCUCUCCAGAGGAGAUACAGACAUUCCUAGGAUUGCCUAAUGGGGCAGUGGGUGAUUUUAUCCAAGAUCAAGCGGUAUUCCAAACCCAGGCUAGUACACCAGGCUUACCAUCCGAGAUAUUGUUGCCGACUCCUUCUGUCCCGAUCGUCUCUCACUGUCAACAAAAUCUACCAAACCACACCCGAGUCACCCAACUAUACAGUGAAGAUUCUCAUGUCCAGCAAUUGAGCGACAGAGCGCACGUGCCGUGUUAUCAGCGAGACGGAAUGGCGAGUGUGCGCCGCUCCCCCGAUCCACCUACACCAACAGCUCCUCAUGACUUCACAACAGCGUCAAUGGAGACACCAUGUAUAGUUGCAGCUGAUAUUAUCACUCAGCUUCAUGGCCAUAAGAACGCGGCCGAAGUGUUAGUAGCGUUGGGAUGUCCUGGAUCUAGUAACUGCAUCGUCAAGAACACGAGGCUAUUUCAGCUUAUGGACGACGGGGUCUGACUUGUGUUUAUAUCUUGCAUAUUUCCUCAAUUCAAUUCUGGUGGAGACCAAUCAUCUUUCUAGACAUAUCUGCGUCUUAUCUACAACGAUAACCUACACCGACGCCCGGGUUUAAACUCCGACCG